AAAUUCAUGAAAAGUCUCGGUUUCAAAACCCAGAAGCUGCUGCACGCUCCGGUUCUCUCACUCACCCUGCAGCUUCUCCUCUGCUUCCUGGCACACAUUCUUCAGCUCAUGUCAACUUUAAUCCACUUCCCCUUCGACAGAACAGCGCCCUUCCUCUGUCCAUGAGGGCUUAGCUUACAGCUCAGGGCGGGUGGGACACCGUGCAACAGGCAGGAUUGUCUCAGCUUCACCUUUCCACUCUCUCCCUCGCCAGGUAGACAUCAGCAUCUUCUGCAGAGGGAAGGCCGGAGGAGGAAGGCCGGGGGAUGCAUGCUCGUGUUCUUCAAGGCCUUUGAGUGAGUUUGCAGUGGCAGGAGGAGACAGCACAGCAGAGGGCAGAUAAGUGGUUCAUCUGUGGCGGGAUGCUGCCGGGCUCACAAUGACCGACUGUUGGCCGGUGUGGGACGGUCAAGGCUCCUCGGUGCAGGAGAGGCAGGGCUCCUUGUGGACCAUGAACCGCUACACCACUCUGAAGCAGCUGGGGGACGGCACGUACGGCAGCGUGCUCCUGGGAAGGAACAACGACACCGGGGAGCUGGUGGCAAUUAAGAGGAUGAAGAGGAAGUUUUAUUCCUGGGACGAGUGUUUGAAUCUGAGAGAAGUGAAGUCUCUGAAGAAGCUGAACCACGCCAACGUGGUGAAACUGAAGGAAGUCAUCAGAGAGAAUGACCACCUCUUCUUUGUCUUCGAGUACAUGAAAGAAAACCUCUAUCAGCUCAUGAAAGAACGACAAGAUACGAUGUUUUCAGAAAAUGAGAUAAGGAACAUUCUGUUCCAAGUGUUGUCUGGUUUAGCGUUUGUGCAUAAACACGGAUAUUUCCAUCGUGAUAUGAAGCCGGAGAAUUUGCUCUGCAUGGGCCAACAGCUGGUCAAGAUUGCAGACUUUGGCCUGGCGAGGGAAAUCCGCUCCCAGCCGCCUUACACUGAUUACGUGUCCACGAGAUGGUAUCGAGCCCCAGAGGUUCUGCUCAAGUCCAGCUCCUACAGCUCCCCCAUCGACAUCUGGGCGGUGGGCUGCAUCAUGGCGGAGCUGUACACCCUCAGGCCUCUGUUCCCCGGCAACAGCGAGGUGGACGAGGUCUUCAAGAUCUGUCAGGUGCUGGGAACGCUGAGGAAGGCGGACUGGCCUGAGGGCUACAACCUAGCCUCCUCCAUGAACUUCCGCUUCCCUAAGUGUAUCCCCACCAGCCUCAGAUCCCUGGUCCCCAACGCCAGCGCCGAGGCCAUCACGCUGAUGAAAGACAUGUUGCGGUGGGAUCCAGAGAAAAGACCAAGUGCUGCUCAGGCUCUGAGGUACCCGUACUUCCAUGUCGGCCAGGCACUUGGGGCUCCUUUAAAGUUCUCAGAGCAGCACAAGGCUCGGACGAAUAUUUCCCAGACGGCUACAGAACCAAAGCCUCUGUCCCUCUGUAAGACGAACCUGGAGCCCAGCGAGCAGAGGAAGACCCGGGUGGAGCUACAGACCUCAAGACUACCUCUACACCGGCCUCUACAGGAGAUCCCUCUUCCUCAGGACAACACCGAUCCUACAGCGGGGCCGCAGCAGCCGCUCAGCCUGGUGAAGAACAAGCAACCAGGAAGCUGGCACACUCAGCAUCGAGGGCCGGCUGCUGGAGCUGAGAACAGUGAGUCUGGAGUCAGGACCGGACGCAGACGCUGGGGUCAAACAUCGUUCAAGUCAGUCGACAGCUGGGAUGACGGUGACGACACAGACGCUGGAGUUUCCAUCUCCAAAAAAACCUCCAUAAGCUCCCUGAAGGACAGGACCCUCAAUGGACACGGCUUUCUAUUUCCAGAGUCAAAGACCAACACGGAAGUAAAGUUACCGAGCGGCAUCGGGCUAAAGAGAACGGACUCCACCGCCUCGUCUGCCAAGCAGCACUACCUCCAUCAGUCCAGGUACUUGCCAGGCAUCAAUCCAAAAUGCAAUUCCUCAGGUAGAAACCUGUGGGACAACUCGUGUUUAACCAGAGGACCGGGCCUGGAACUCCCUCUUAAUAAAGACGCUGCUUUUCCUAAACUCUCAGCUAAGCAGUGUCUGAUGGAAAAGAACCUGGAGGAAGUGGAUCUUUGGAAAGACUCGUUCACGAGCAACACCAACACCCGAACCAACACGCUGGGGCCCAUCGAAGGCGCCUCUGCAAUCGAUGUCUCCUCAACUGAUUACAAAACCAAAACGUGUAAGAACAAGAUCUCUUCAAAUAAACUGGCUCUGUCAAAUGAAGAGAAUGAACGGUGGAGGAGCAGAUCUGUGAAUCCUCAGAUCUCCGGAUCCAGCAGCGGCUCAACAUUGAAGACAAACUUCUCACGGGGCCCGAACAUCCAGCCGGUGCACGGACGAGUCGACUGGGCCACCAAGUAUGGAGGCCACCGGUGGCACCAGUGAAUCCCACUGCACUUUAACCAUACAGCCAUUUUGGCAUUUUAUUCAAUAUCAUUCAGUAUUGUACAAGUGAAUGAAUGUUAGAAUAUCUGUAUUUCUUUAAAUAAUAGACAAAGAAAUUAUUUUUGUAGUGAGAGAAUGUGUUUUAUAUCAAUGCAAAAGUGCAGAUAUACAGUAUAUUUUCUUUUUAAAGUACACAACAGG